UAAAAAAAUAUUAGAAAGCACCAAAAUUAAAACAAUAUGAAACUCCUAUACACUAAUGUUCUACUAUUCACAUUUCUCUUCUUAAUAUUUGCUUCUAAUGAAAGUUCUGCUUCAAAUUCAUCAGCCAUUGACAAUUUCCUUCAAUGUCUCCCUUCUCAGUUGAAUUCAAUCUCGAAAGCCGUCUACACCCCUACAAAUUCCUCAUUCUUAGAUGUUCUUCAUAACUAUAUACGAGACAGUAGAUUUAACACGUCUACUACUCCGAAACCUCUAGCCAUAGUCACGGCCUUGGACGUGUCCCAUGUCCAAGCAACCGUGAUAUGUGCUAAAACAAGUGGGAUUGAAAUAAGGAUUAGAAGUGGAGGCCAUGAUUUCGAAGGUUUCUCAUACGUCGCAAAUGUUGCCUUUGUUAUCCUUGACAUGUUCAAUCUUCGAUCAAUUGAUGUUGACAUACCAAGUGAGACUGCUUCGGUCCAAGCCGGUGCAACUAUGGGUGAGCUUUAUUAUAAGAUAGCCCAAAAGAGUAACGUACAUGCUUUCCCUGCAGGGGUGUGCUUUACUCUUGGCGCCGGAGGUCACAUUAGUGGGGGUGGCUAUGGGAACAUGCUAAGGCAAUUUGGCUUAUCCAUCGAUAACAUUAUCGAUGCACAAGUUGUCGAUGCCAAUGGUAGAAUUCUUGACCGUACAAGUAUGGGUGAAGACCUUUUUUGGGCCAUUAGGGGUGGUGGAGGUGCUAGUUUUUGUGUCAUUUUAUCAUGGAAAAUCAAACUAGUACGCGUACCAGAGAUUGUGACGGUUUUCAACGUUCAAAAGACCUUACAACAAGGUGCUACCGAUAUAGUCUUGCAAUGGCAACAAGUAUCUUCUACAAUAGAUAAAAAGCUCUUCAUUCGAGCUCAACCACAAGUAAUUCAACAAGGAAGCACCAAGACGGUCCAAGUUUCGUUCAUUGGACAAUAUCUAGGACGUGCCAAUGAGCUUCUUCCAUUGAUGAAAAAGAGCUUUCCGCGUUUGGGUUUACAAGCACGCGAUUGCUUAGAGAUGCCAUGGAUUAGAACAACAUUAUUUUGGAAUGGUAACCCAUCCGGUACUCCUCUUGAGGUGCUACUAGACAGGUCACCUUCUCCGUCUAAUUCCUUAGCAAAACACAAGUCCGAUUAUGUGAAAACGCCUAUUCCAAGGGCAGGGUUAGAGGCAAUAUGGAAAAAAAUGAUCGAAGUGCAAUCGAAUAACAUCCUACUUAUGCAAUGGAAUCCUUAUGGUGGGAGGAUGAGCGAGAUACCAGGGAAUGCAACGGCCUUCCCUCAUCGAGCAGGGAACCUUUAUAAAAUGCAAUACCUCGCGCUUUGGUCAGAUGAUAGUGCGGAGGCUAUAAAUAAGAAUAUCCAAUCUCUUAGAGAUCUUCACGCUACAUUCACCCCUUAUGUGUCUAAGAACCCAAGGGAAACGUUCUUAAAUUAUAGGGACAUCGAUAUUGGCACCAACAUGGACGGGAGCUUAGAUUUCGCUAUGGACUUCUUUAAGGACAAUGUGAAGAGAUUGUUGCAAGUUAAGGCGAAGGUUGAUCCGAGCAAUUUCUUCAGGUAUGAACAAAGUAUACCAGUAUCAAGUUGAUGCAGGGGAAAGAUAAGAGUGCUGCUAGGAAUAUGCAUGGAUUUGGAAAACUGUUAGACAACUUAAAUUGUUUGAUUUAUAAAAUUAUGUAGCUGUAUAUUGUUAUUGUGUUCUUUUGUGCAAAACUUGUACCAAUUAAUAAAAGACAGUGUGCAUAUUGUCUAUUACACAAUGCAACAAGGAACCUAUGCAGAUCAUAUGUAUGUAUCGAUGAACUCGCAAAAUAGAUUGUAACAGCCAUCUCCCCUGAAUUAUGAAAAAUAUAAUAGAAAAUUGAUUAAUUCUAGGAAGUAUGAAA